AUGCCAUCUAAUUCUUGGUGGUCCUCGUCUUCGGAUGACGAAGAGGAGAUGUUUUUCGCAAACGCUGUGCUACGGGCGGGGCAGAUUCUUAUUGAAGAGGAAGAGGAAGAGGAAGACGUCUCGUCUGAAAACGUUAUUACCAGACGAAUACGGAUUAACAGAGACCGCCAAGGGUUCACCACGUUACAAAAGUGUACUGCGGCCAUUCGCCAACUGGCGUAUGGGACAGUGGCCGAUGCUUUGGACGAGUACUUACAAAUGUCGGCAAGAACUACGCGGGAAUGCUUGUAUCGGUUUUGCCAUAAUGUGGUGAAACUGUAUAGCAAAAAAUAUUUGCGUAAACCAAACUCGUAUGAUGUUCAGCAGUUGUACCAAGCUCAUGAAGCACGGCACGGGUUUCCGGGAAUGCUUGGUAGUAUUGAUUGUAUGCAUUGGGCGUGGCAUAACUGCCCGACUGCGUGGCGCGGCCAAUAUACGCGAGGUGAUCACGGCCAUCCAACCUUGAUACUUGAAGCCGUGGCAUCACAAGAUUUGUGGAUAUGA